AUGACUAACACCGGAAGCUCCAACGGGAAUAAGCGGUACCAUCAACCUGUCGCUUGUCGGACACUCAUUGACACUUGUGCCUCGACCAAUUUUAUGACCGAGACUUUCGCCAAAAGGUUAGACAUCCCUUUAGGAAGGUGUUCAAUUCCCAUCGGAGCACUCAAUACUAUGACCACAAUGUCAAAGCAUACGAUUACAACGACAAUCCAAUCUAAAACCAACACGUACAACCGAACAUUGACCUUCCUAACGAUACCUACGAUUUCCGCCUUCAUUCCAGACCAACCUAUUGACCGCACGCCUAUAAAUAUCCCGAAAAACAUACAAUUAGCAGAUCCAACAUUUCACAUACCUGCACCUGUCGAUCUAUUACUAGGCGCCGGAGUAGCAUUGUCCUUAUUGAGUGUCGGGCAAAUAAAUCUGUCACCUCCCAACGGUCCAGAUUUAUUCUUGCAAAAAACCAGAUUAGGAUGGAUAAUCGGGGGGAGUGCUCCAGCGUCCAAACCCACGCAAAGCACGAUCUGUCAUGCGACAACGACAGUACAGGACGAUUUGGCGCGUUUCUGGGAGUUAGAAGAGGGACCACAAAUCCAACAACUAUCUGACGCCGAACGAUUCUGCGAGGAGCAUUUCCAACAAAAUGUUCACAGGAAUUCCGAUGGCAGAUAUGUAGUAGCACUCCCGUUCAACGACAAGCUGCCGCAACUUGGGGAGUCCAAAUCUAGGGAAUACCAAGACCUAGGACACAUGUCAGAGGUACAGGACACCGACGAAAUCAACGACGGGUUUUAUCUACCCCAUCACGGGGUCACUAAGACUUCCAGUGACACUACGAAGUUACGGGUUGUGUUCGACGGCUCCGCAGCAACAACAACAGGCGUUUCGCUUAACGAGACAUUGCACGUUGGGCCAAAGGUUCAAGACAAUUUAUUAUAUAUCCUCAUUAGGUUCCGAAGUCACCGGUACGUCCUGAAUGGCGACAUCGAAAAGAUGUACAGACAAUUUCUAGUCCGCCCCGAGGAUCGGAAAUAUCAGCGAGUCCUAUGGCGUGAUCCUGCGGGCAAUCUGACAACAUACACACUAAACACAGUCACCUUUGGACUAUCCGCCGCUCCGUACUUGGCCAUUCGCUGCCUCUCGCAAUUGGCUCAAGACGAAGGACACCGAUUUCCUGAUGCUGCGCAGAGUCUAGUAAGGGACUUCUACGUAGACGACCUACUAACUGGAGCACCAACGGUACAGGGAGCCUUGGCCUUGCGAGACCAAAUGAUCCAGUUAUUAAAUUCAGCCGGGCUACAAAUACGACAGUGGGCUUCAAAUCACAAGCCACUCUUACAUGGAUUACCCGAACAACACAUCAAUAAGAGGCUUCACCUGGGAGAGUCCUCGACAAUAAAAACUUUAGGGGUUGUUUGGGAUUCCACUGAUGACACGAUUCGAUAUUCCGUGACCAAUAUCAUACCCACGAAAUCCGUUACCAAACGGUCUAUCAGUUCUGUCAUCGCGCGAAUUUACGACCCUUUGGGCCUUCUCGGACCAGUUAUAAUUAUCGCGAAGAUUUUAUUGCAGAAGAUCUGGACAAUGAAGAUUGAUUGGGACGAGUCGCUGCCAAUGACCGUACACACAGAAUGGGUGCAGUUUUGUACGCAAUUAUCUUUAUUAAAUAACGUCACGUUUCAUAGGAAUACACUCAUCAGCGAACCAACAUCCAUCGAGUUACACGGCUUCUGUGAUGCCAGCGAACGAGCAUAUGGAGCCUGCGUCUACCUUCGUUCAAGGAAUGCGGACGGUCACUAUCAGGUUGAACUCCUGUUGGCAAAAUCUAAGGUAGCUCCGCUAAAAACCCAGUCAAUUCCACGAUUGGAAUUGUGUGGAGCGAUACUCCUAACCUCAUUAGCCACAACAGCACAGAAGGCUCUACACGUCACCAUUAAUCGCAUUUGCUAUUGGACCGAUUCCGCCAUAGUAUUACACUGGCUGAGAACAUCGCCACACUUACUCAAAACUUUUGUCGCGAAUCGAGUCGCCGAAAUUCAAGGCAACACGAACAUCGAAGACUGGCGACACGUCCCAACCGCAGACAAUCCCGCAGACAUCAUCUCCAGAGGCCGAUCACCUGAGGAAUUCUUACAACCAUCAAUAUGGCACCACGGACCGAGGUGGCUACAAGAAGAGGAAACACAUUGGCCUUCCGGAAACAUAUCAUGUCCAAACGAUCUUCCGGAGCAGAAAACUGUCGUACUCAGGCCACCCUUUAUGCGGUCAGACGGCGCUACUGGCCCAUUGACGGCCGAGACCAGGUCUGGAAGGUCAUAA